AUGGAGGAAGUCAUUUCAGCUGCAGUUCCUUGUCAAGCGGAUCAGAAGAACUACAAACUCCAGUUGAUUCCAAAGGACGUCAUCCCGUCAUGGGGCAGGCGAACUGAAGUCCCUCGACUUCAUGGCGCGUUAUCUCUCGUGAUUAUGAUGGCAUGUCCUACCACAAUACUCUUCUGGUAUGUGGCCCUGCAGCAUUUUGACGGCUCCUUACUGUCGACUGCUGUGGCCCUCAAAAACGAGGGUCUCUUUUCGUUUUAUCACCGGUACUGCCCAGUCCCCAAUUUGCAAACAGCCUUGGCGUAUGGAGGAUGGGUUCUAUUCCAGGCCCUGCUUUACAGCUUUCUCCCAGGGUCAACACAGGAAGGUCAGCCAACCCCUGCGGGGAACGUUCUGAAAUACAAAAUCAAUGGGAUGUUGGCUGCGAUGGUUACUGUGUGGCUAUUUGCCAUUAUCAGCUUGUAUGGAGGGAUUCCGGUUUCCACCUUCGUUGCCGACAAUUGGGGAUCACUGCUUACCACUUUCAAUAUCUAUGGCCUGUUUCUCACUCUGGCCUUCUACCUAAAAGCCCACCUCUGGCCAUCUCAUCCUGAGGACAGAAAGUUCAGCGGAUCUCCAUUGUACGAUCUUUACAUGGGAAUUGAGUUGAACCCACGCUUGGGCCAAUCCUGGGAUAUGAAACUGUUUCACAAUGGCCGUCCUGGCAUCAUUGGCUGGAUAUUGAUUGACAUCUCAUUUACUGCGCUGCAAUUUUGUCGACACGGAUACAUUACAAACUCGAUUCUAAUUGCUGAUGUCCUCCAUCUGACGUAUAUCGUGGAUUUUUUCUUCAACGAAGACUGGUUUUCAUUUAGGUACCUCAAAACUAUUGACAUGGCUCACGACCACGUUGGAUUUUAUCUAGCCUGGGGUUCCGCUGCCUGGCUCCCGACAAUAUACACGUUGCAGCCCCAGUUUUUAGCUGUUCACCCGGUUACGCUGUCUCCAACUGCAGCCGCUACGAUUUUGACUGCUGGUUUUGGUGGAUAUGCACUUUUCCGGUCUGCGAAUCACCAAAAGUUCCUCGUGCGUGAUACCCAGGGCAAAUGUUUGAUUUGGGGCAAGGUUCCAGAGUUUAUCCAUGGCGAGUACAAAACCACGAACGGUCUGACUCAUAAAUCGAUCAUAAUCUGUUCCGGAUGGUGGGGGGUUGUCCGUCAUGCGAAUUACUUGGGAGAUCUCAUCCUGUCCUAUGCGAUGUGCGCUACCUGCGGAUUUACCCAUUUGCUCCCGUGGACAUAUGCCCUAUUCAUGACAACAAUUCUUGUUCACCGAUGCUAUCGAGAUGAACAGCGAUGUAUCAAGAAAUACGGGAAGACUUGGGAGGAGUACUGCAACAAAGUCAAGUGGAGAAUCAUCCCUGGGAUCUUUUAG